UUUCGACGCAACAGAACUCAACCAAGUCGACCAGCAAUCAGUCAGUGCAGAGAUGCUCUUCUUCUCCUUCUUCAAGUCUCUUGUAGAUACAGAAGUCACAGUCGAACUCAAGAACGAUCUGUGCAUCCGCGGCACUCUCAAAUCAGUCGACCAGUUCCUCAAUAUCAAGCUCUCUGAUAUUUCUGUCGUCGACGAGACACAGUACCCGCACAUGUCAGCUGUCAAGAAUGUAUUCAUCAGAGGAAGUGUCGUUAGAUAUAUUCAUCUCGCUUCAGCGAAUGUGGAUACAGCGCUACUGGAGGACGCGACACGGCGGGAGGCACAGAGCGCGAAGGCGAGGGUUCCUGCUGCGUAGACGGGCCUUUCCGGCUGCUGGCUCUUACUUCAUGCACAUACACAAGAAAGAGGUAUUCUGUCCAAUAGCAAACGCAUCCGUCAUGUACUGGCCCG